GGUUACGAUAUUCUUAUUAAUAUUUCUUAAACUUAUUCUUUACUGACACUAAGAGAGGUCAAAUGGCACGAGGUAAUCAACGAGAUCUUGCUCGGGAAAAGGGAAAUAAGAAAAGACAGGAAGAUAAUAAAGGAAAGCGCAACGAUGGUGUAAGUGCUGCAAAACGAAAGGAUGUAGAUGCUGAACGCAUGCGCCAUAAACAGGCAAUAUCCGAGGAGAAGAAAAAUGUUGGUAAUGGUGCUUAACGAUUUACAUUACAGGCGUACAUACUAUCUGUAGCAUUGGAAACAGGUGCAGAAUUUAUAAUUAUUUGAUGUUUUCCUUUUUUUCAAGGAUUACUUCUAUCGAAAGCUUAUUUAAAAUUCAAUUAUUACGCAUGCACAAUCAUAUACACAGAUAUUUAUAA